AUGGUUGUGAAUGAACAACAAUAUACAGUCUUCAGCAGUGCCUCAAAUCGCAUCAGUAACAAAAUAGCUGAAAUGUUUUUCAAAAUACUUUCUUUGACAUUAGUUUGCGCCCUAUCUACUGGGCUUACGAGCGCUAAAAAGGCAAGUAUAUACGUGCCGUCAGAUAUUGUCGGCCUUAUAACUGAGAAGUCUGUGGAAUGUAUCGCCGAAACAGGUGCCGAUCUUAAUAUCUUACAACGAGUUUUCCAGUGGCAAUUUGACAAUAAUAAAACAAGCAAGAAAUUUUCGUUCUGCCUCUUCAAAAAAGCAGGCUUCAGUGAUGACACUGGUCACUUUCACAAGAAUAAGUUGCUGGCACUGUACGAGAAGAGCGACAAAAAAGAACGAGUUAAAGAGGUUAUUGAUGAGUGCGCCAAGAUAAAUGAGAAAAACCCCUUGGAAACAAUGUACAAAGUUAUUCUAUGUUUCUUUGACAAAACACCAGUCUUGCUUGAAGUACAACUAGACUAA